CGGUGGCGGGCACGCGCGGCCAAGAAGAUGUCUCCUACGCCGCCGCUCUUCAGUUUGCCCGAAGCGCGGACGCGGUUUACGAAAUCUACCAGAGAGGCCCUGAACAACAAAAAUAUCAAGCCCUUGUUGAAUACCUUCAGCCAGUUACCUGGAAGUGAAAAUGAAAAGAAAUGUACCCUUGACCAAGCUUUUAGAGGUGUUCUAGAAGAAGAAAUUAUAAAUCAUUCAUCAUGUGAAAACGUUUUAGCUAUUAUUUCUCUUGCUAUUGGGGGAGUUACUGAAGGUAUUUGUACAGCAUCUACACCUUUUGUAUUGUUGGGAGAUGUUUUGGAUUGCCUUCCUUUGGAUCAGUGUGACACAAUAUUCACUUUUGUGGAAAAAAAUGUUGCUACUUGGAAAUCAAAUACAUUCUAUUCUGCUGGGAAAAAUUAUUUACUACGUAUGUGCAAUGAUCUCUUACGAAGAUUAUCAAAAUCCCAGAAUACAGUCUUCUGUGGACGAAUUCAGCUCUUUUUGGCCAGACUUUUCCCUUUAUCUGAGAAGUCAGGUCUUAACUUGCAGAGUCAGUUUAAUCUGGAAAAUGUCACUGUUUUCAAUACCAAUGAGCAGGAAAGCACAUUGGGUCAAAAGCACAUGGAGGACAGAGAAGAAGGAAUGGAUGUGGAAGAAGGUGAAAUGGGGGAUGAUGAAGCUCCAACAACUUGCUCCAUUCCAAUUGAUUACAACCUGUACCGAAAAUUUUGGUCACUUCAGGAUUACUUUAGGAACCCUGUGCAAUGCUAUGAGAAAAUUUCAUGGAAAACUUUUCUCAAGUAUUCUGAAGAAGUUCUAGCUGUUUUUAAGAGUUAUAAAUUAGAUGAUACUCAGGCCUCAAGGAAAAAGAUGGAAGAAUUGAAAACAGGAGGAGAGCAUGUAUAUUUUGCAAAGUUUUUAACAAGUGAAAAGUUGAGACUCAGUGACCUAAUGAAAAAGAUCCGGAGGAAUACUCCAGAGCUAUCAGUUACCAGAGUGGUUGCCCCACAGUCACACACUAGUGUGGUCACUAGGCCAUUCUUGUUCAUGGAGCUGAUGGAUUUACAACUGAGCGACAGUAACUUUCGUCGACACAUCCUGUUGCAGUAUCUCAUUUUAUUCCAGUAUCUCAAGGGGCAGGUCAAAUUUAAAAGUUCAAACUAUGUUUUAACUGAUGAGCAAUCACUCUGGAUUGAAGAUACUACAAAAUCAGUUUAUCAACUACUAUCUGAAAACCCCCCUGAUGGAGAAAGAUUUUCAAAGAUGGUAGAGCAUAUAUUAAACACUGAAGAAAACUGGAACUCAUGGAAAAAUGAAGGCUGCCCAAGUUUUGUGAAAGAAAGAACAUCAGAUACCAAGCCGACAAGAGUAGUACGGAAGAGAACGGCUCCAGAGGACUUCCUAGGGAAAGGACCCAACAAAAAAAUUCUGAUGGGCAAUGAGGAGUUAACAAGGCUUUGGAAUCUCUGUCCUGAUAAUAUGGAAGCCUGUAAAUCAGAGACAAGGGAAUAUAUGCCAACUUUGGAGGAAUUCUUUGAAGAAGCCAUUGAACAGGCAGACCCUGAAAACAUGGUUGAAAAUGAAUACAAGGCUGUGAACAAUUCUAAUUACGGUUGGAGAGCCCUGAGACUAUUAGCACGGAGAAGCCCUCACUUCUUUCAGCCAACCAACCAGCAGUUUAAAAGUUUGCCAGAAUAUCUCGAAAACAUGGUAAUAAAGCUAGCCAAGGAAUUACCACCUCCUUCUGAAGAAAUAAAAACAGGUGAGGAUGAAGAUGAGGAAGAUAAUGAUGCUUUACUGAAGGAAAAUGAAAGUCCUGAUGUUCGGCGAGACAAACCUGUAACAGGGGACCAAAUAGAGGUAUUUGCCAACAAACUGGGUGAACAAUGGAAGAUUCUGGCCCCCUACUUGGAAAUGAAAGACUCAGAAAUUAGACAGAUUGAGUGUGACAGUGAAGACAUGAAGAUGAGAGCUAAGCAGCUGCUAGUCGCCUGGCAGGAUCAGGAGGGAGUGCACGCGACACCCGAGAACCUGAUCAACGCACUCAACAAGUCUGGGUUAAGUGACCUUGCAGAAAGUCUAACUAAUGACAAUGAGACAAAUAGUUAGCUUUUUUUUUUUAUUAUUAAAACUGUGAUAAGCUUUUGUUACCAAGCAGCAUUUGAUAAGAGGUCCACUGGUUUUGGUAAACAAUAAACAUUUUUAUAACAGUUGUACAGUUGGCU